UCGAUCGAUAUUUCAACAGAUAACAACAUGAAAUUGCUCAUCCUCGCAGCAGUUGUGUGCGCGGCCACCGCGCUGCCGCAGUUCCAGCAAUACCAGCAGUACCAGCCACAGUACCAGCAGCAGUAUCAGAAACAGUACUACCAGGAUCAAAGGCCUCGCGCCGCGUUGGAGAGGAAUGCUGCCAUCUUGCGGUCAGACUCGGAAGUCAACGAACAAGGAUAUCGCUUCGCAUACGAGACUGAGAACGGUAUCCAAGCCGAGGAAGUAGGCCGUGAAGCGGACGGUAUCCAAGCUCAAGGUGGUUACGCGUACGUGGGUGACGAUGGUCAAACAUACAACGUGAGAUACACCGCUGAUGCCAAUGGGUUCCAAGCACAGGGCGCGCACUUCCCCACUCCACCCCCCAUCCCGGAAGAGAUCGCUAGAGCACUACAGGAGAACGCCAGAGAUGAAGCUAAUGGCAUCUUUGAUGAUGGCAGCUAUCACGAAGGUAAAUACGCAGAUUCCGGAGUGGUCGCCGCCCGCAAUCCCUACAACUACCCUUACAGACAAGCCACCGGCGCCCCCUACAGGACAUACCAGUAAACUUACAACACAGCACGUGCCAUCGAUGUCUAGUAUAAGUUUAUAUAGGCCUCCGUUUAUAUAAUAAAUGGAUUUUUACUCUUAUA